AUGUUUGCAGCAUCACUGGGGUAUGGAAACAUGAAAAUCGAAGGAACUGGAAAAAUAAGUCCUGACCAGACUUCCAUGGAUAUACACUUUGAAAUAGCAAACGUCAAGAAGACCCAGCUAUCAACACCAACAAGCUUUGGCAUGAAGCCAGCACCUCUGCCAAUUGCGGUACAACCUGACGCACAUGCCACGAAGGCAUACUCGUUUAAAGACAAGUGGUAUCAAACAGACAAACCGUCUUUUGGGAUAGAAACAGGUAAAAGCUAUCCUUUUAAGUGGCCUCCUUGGUCUCUUUUUGCCAUAGCUAAACGGAAUGGACUGCUGCGCAGGCUAAGAAAAUACUGUCCCUUGCAACUUCCCGCGAACGCAUAGGUAAAAUACGCGUUUUGAGGUAUAAUCAAUUUAAAACUCUAAGGGCCGCAUAUUUACACAAGGUCUAACCCAAACCGCGGUUUUACGCUAGUAGUGGGCCUCAGGGAUUCUCUAUAAGAGGGUUGAUUUAAUUGACCAAAUGUUGUUCCACUAUCAACUUUCAGUCCUCUUGACAGUGUUCACAAAAAUAAAUGCUCUGAAAUACGCGAGCCUCGUAUCCGCCCUCAGUUAUAUGUCAUCAGUUUCCUGUUCGUUUACUAUUAUGCUUUCCUUAUACUGUCAGGUGUAACAUUUACGUUCUAGCAAUUGCUAUCGGUACCAGUUACAUUCCACGUUAUAUCCUGGAUAUUUUCCUCUCGUUUUCCUUUCAUAUUACACGCAGAUAGAGAAUUUCUGAAGUCAGCACUGGAGGCUCAUAACAGAUUUCGAGCAAUCCAUAACUCGCCCCCUCUUAGAAUCAACAUGAAGAUGUCAAGGGAAGCUGAACAAUUUGCAAAGAAACUUUUAAAAAGGGGUGCAAAGAACCAACCAAUGAUGCACGAGGACGUUCUUGUCCUGCGCAAGGAAGAUGAAGGAGAGAAUUUAGCAUCAGGAGGAAGCGGCUUGGGUGGACUGACUGCGUAUGGCGCAGUAAAAAAUUGGUGAGCCAUGCAACUUCUAGAUGGCUCAAUCAUUAAGGACUGCAAUGGCUUUCAGCGAGAAAAAAACUUUUAUUAUUGUAACCAGUAGGUUUAGCACGUUACUAUGCCUGAGAUCCAUCUCGGGUUCUCUUUAUUGUUCAAAACUUAUAGGGCCAGAAUUCACCGUGGCCACAAGUCGGUUUUCGGAACAAGUACAUGGAAAAGAAGGUUAUUUGAUAUUUUCAACUGAGCUGAUAGCGUAAAUUGGCCACUGUUAGGACUUUACAAACUGAUAUUUCGAGAGUUAGCCCUUCUUCAUUUGCUCUGACGAAGGGUUAACCCUCAAAACGUCAGCAUGUAAACACUUAACGAUGGCCAAUUUAUGCUCUUAACUCAGUUGAUAAUACUAAAUUACCUUGUUAUACUCUCCCACCGACGCAUUACCAUAGUUUCUUUGGAUAGUUAAUCAGAAUGAAUUCCACAAGAGAUCAACUGUUUCUGGUAUCUUUAAGUAGCACAGGUGCAAAUGACAAAAUGAGGAAAUUUCGAUCUGUUGAUGAGUACCAUAAAUCUUGAGUCAGUACCAGAAAAAAAAUACCUAUGCCCUCUUUAAGAUAAUGCUACUAUAAACACAUGUAUAUGUAACAGUUUCUGAAUCGAGAAAAUGUUUUAGUUGACCCACUGGAUCGGAGAUGGAGAUUUUUUCAGAAGUAACCAAGCUUUGAGAAUCGAAUGAUGUUGAAAAUACUGAUACUAAUACUUUAAGUGUACUUGAAACUCUUAUUUUCAUGAUACAGAAUAGAUUUGUGAAUUACGACAGCAAUGAUGUGUAAAAACAAAGUUCAACAUGGUUAAUUUCACAAACUUUGUCUUUUAAAGGUACAACGAGGUUUGCACUUACAACUGGGGCAAAGGAAGUUAUGAGCCACAAGCUGCUCACUUCAUGCAAGUCGUUUGGAAAAAUAGCACAGAAUUUGGAAUCGGAAAAGCGGAAGGACGGAGAAAUGGUCGACGUUACACCUACAUAGUGGCGCGUUACAAGCCAGCCAUCAGAUACGACACUAUGGAAAACGUGCUGAAGGGCAAGUUUAAUCCAUCCUAUUGUAAACCGAAGCCUACCUUUUCACUGUCAGAUGGAAAUCAAAGCAGGCCUAGAUCAAAAGUGCGACCAAUCUUUGUGGCUCGUUUUCCAAAACAACCCGUUUAUGCUCACAAGAAGCCAGCGAUUUUACAUAAAUCAUAUUUCUUGAACAGGAGCAGGAUUAAUCAAAAGGAAAUGGUAAACCGGUCGGCAGGUUCGUAUGACUCAAGCAAUGUCAAGUACAAUGAGAGAUACUUAAAGGCUGUAGGCAAAGCAACUCACUACGCGCAAGGUCACCUGAACGAUAAACUAAGCUAUUACGCCGGAAACUCCUGGAGCGCAAACACCGAAAACCGAUCGUCCACGACAGCGUCCGAGUAUUUCCCGAAGCAAGCCGAAGUUCUAGAGGAGUUCUUUGAGGGAGACGACCCAGAUAAAGAAAAAUAUUAUCAAGGAAAUGGAAAAUAUGGAACUGUAGAAAGCAUGAGGCAUAGUCUCAUACCCGUUAUGAACAGUGAGGAUGCCGAGAUUGACGAUGACCUAUCCGAAGAAGAACAAUCAACAAAAAGGCUCCCACUAAAACAAUCUUAGAAGAAUUUGCCAGUUGCACUCGAGAAAUGUAUUUAUAACACCUUGGAAAAUAAGGCAC